CUCCGACCAUUGUGAUGAUUCCGUCACGAGGCCCCGAUCCUGCCGACGUCAACCUCAUGGACUUUUUCUCCGCCCAGCUUUCCCGCAACCUCGACACCACAUCAUACCACGCCUAGCAGCCUGAGGGCAUGCCUUUCGGCGCCUGCCCGCUGCGAUACAAAGCAUUGUCUCGUCUCUCUUGCGUCGCGCGAGUGCGCCUCUAAGGCGAAACCCAGCCCUUUAAGCCCCACCAUGACUUCGUCUACGCCCACCGAGAGCGUCAAGAAUGCGCCGCCCGAAAGCUCGAGGAAGCAAUCAUCAAUCAGCAUGCUUUCCAACGCCUUUCUCAACCUCAUUGGUGGUAACAAACCCGCGCCUUCAGGCGCUCCGUCAACCUCCACCAACACCGCCCCGGCCCGUGGCAAAUUUGCGCGCCGGAUGAGCGCAUCUCUCGAGCAAGCCGAUACCACUGUUGCCAGCGACGCAAAAAAGAAGGGGAAAGCGCGUGCCGCUCAAAGUGGCUCUGUACCGUUCGUUGUUGGUGGACCGCCUGAGCUGGACGAAUUACUUGAGAAGCUGGCCGAUCAGAAAUCCACAGUAGCGCAACGCAUCAACGCCGCAAACGGCAUCAGCUCCAUCUUGAAAGAAUAUCGUGUCACUGGGGUUUGGUGGAUAUGGUCGAAGACGCAAUCAGCCUUACUCAGUCGCCCCGAGCCGGAUGCCCACAAGGCAGCACACCAGUUGCUCUACUCCCUAGUACAAACUCCGCUGUCUUCUUUUGAGAGGAGCUGUUUCUUUUCCAUGGUUGCCGACAGCGACAGCACCGCAAUAGCCGACAAUCGCAUGCAGCUGCUAAGCUCGAUCACCAAUGGUGGUCGCAACAUCGAUGCUCUGGAGUCUAAAAUUGCACCGCUUCUUGCUUCUACGCUGGCAAAAUCAUUCGACUUGGCCGCCAAAGCCCGGAAAGACAAUCGCAACGCAAAAACAGAUGAACAACUUCCCGAAAAUACUCGCCUGCAUCGCUUGUUUCGUUUGGUCGUCGUUGUCUUGAAGUUCAAUUCUCAGCACUUGAGCGAUGCUCACACCGGCUAUCUACUUGAGCAAGUUCUUAAGAUCUGCCGGCAGACCACCAAAAGGCAAGAUCUUCAUGAUGGAAUUGCUGUUAUAGACACUUUGAUCACAUACAAGGAACUCCCACGCGGACUACUUCAGCCCUGCUUCGAGGUCUUGUGUGCUGUAUGCAACCAACACAUGAAAUCGGGCAAUUUGCGCGAUCAAGCGGAAGACGUCGUGGUCCAUCUCUUCGGAUCACAUAUCGCUCCUGCUGCAACGCUUACCUUCAUUGAAGUUCUGAAAGGGGAGCUGACAUUCCCACAACAGCGCCUCAACGUUGUACGGGGCGCUGUCAAUGUCUUACAUGAUUUUAUGUUCGGCGACAAGGCCGAGGAUCUUCCAGAGCUUCCAAUGUCGCUCAUUCUACCCGCUUUGAAUACACUGGUUUCGGCAGAAUUCGCAAGAAGCAGAGAACAAGAGCGCGCUGCUGAAAACGACCGAGUAGAGCUAAAAAGGAUUAGGGCAGACAACCAACACCUUGAAGCAGAUAUAUCCAACAUCAUGUGGCGCCUUCUAUUGCCUGAGGACAUGGAGAACCGUUAUUCUCGGCAGCUUCUCCAAGGUUACGAUUGGGAUGUCUAUAUGGAGAUUAUCAUCAAAUGCGCCCUCGGUGUCUCAGACACAGACAUGAAGAAUGAAACCAGGGCUCUCACCCCCACAGACGCUAGCUUUUUGGAGGAUGACGACCAAGAGAACCAUCACCCUUCCAUUCCCCUUACGGCUGUCAUACGCAAACUUUUCGAGAUCCGAAAUGAACUCGACGUUGUCCAGAGAGAAGCCGCAAUGAUGACUUUCCUGCGUAUCGGCCGCAGGCUUCCGAAUGAUGUCGCCAAAGGUGUCAUUGGAUAUCUGAAGGACGAGCGUUUCCUUCUGCCUCUUCACGCCGAAUACUUUAAAGUUUGGGAACAAGUGAUGGAUGUAUUCUUUGCUGACAAAUUGCGUGACAAUGAUGUGCGCAUAUAUGCAGUACACACACUUGUCGAUGUCUACGGCUACAUUGCGACAAUCCUCGACUCAAAGACACAGGUGGAUACGGCAACCUUUUUACUCGAUCACAUCUAUCAUGAGUCCGACCCUGCAGUGUUGAAGGUACUCAUGGAUGCUGCCGUCGAUAUCGUCUCAAGCGGACCAGAGGAAAUGGUAGAGCAUAUCAUGGACCUUAUUCGGGACUAUCUCUGGAACUUUAUUGGUAGCCUGCCUGAGCCUGAGAGACCGCCGACCCGUGCUUCAGAGAAUCCCAUGUCUCCUAGCAACGUCAUCACUCAAGGGCUGGCCCGUAUGUUUAUCAGAACCUUCCGAUACUCUGUUUGGAAAGCAACAAAGGUUUAUGACCAGCUCAUUUACAUCGCGCGCACUAACAAUUGCGAUAUGGAUGCACGUAUCAGCGCCAUAAAGCUCCUUACGCGAAUCCGUAGCGAUGCAGAUUAUGCAAUUCGUCUCAACGGACCACCAGAAGGCGAAAGCAUGGCUGCUGUUUUGUGUCGGACUUCCGAGACAGCUGCAGCCGCAGAAAAAGAGAAGGAAAAUUCUUCUGAAGUUACCAGUCCAGUAGCCACACUUGACCGAAACCUGUCCCAGGACCGUAGGUCGUUUGUUGGUGGAGCACAGCUGUCGCAGUCUCGUAGGUAUACGACCGGCUCGAACAAGCCCAGGCCCGUACCUCCGCUCUGGAUGUAUCCAUACAUCGACCCCCAGGACGAUAAGCCGGUGCCGUUCCGCUUCAGUGGUCUCCCGGAGGAGCCUCCACAAGCUGCUAGUUAUGUUCUUUUCACGUAUCUUGAGGAGGACGAAUCCGAGACCCCGCAGUCGGAGGAACAAGAGGUUACUGAAGAAGAGCCUGAGCACGAUGGUAUAUAUUCCAAGGUCAUUCCGGCUGGAAAACCUGGCCUGUUCUCUGCAUCGUUGUGGCUUGAGGUGGUUAUUACGAUCUUCCAAAAGUGCGACGAGUGGGAGGUCCUCAGCUACAUGCUUGUCCAUCUGGGUUCUCAGCUUGCCAAUCAUUCUCUCUGGAGAAACUCUAAGCCCCAGAUCAAAUUCCUGAGGAACGUCCUCUGCGACCAGAUUCGAAAUGGCACUGUUCCCGAGCCGCCAGCUUACACUUCCUUGAAGAAAGCAGACGUGGCCGUUUGCUACUUUCACAUUCUAACUAUGCUGGUCAGCUACCAUGCGUAUUUCGAGAAGAGUGAACAGGACGACAUUGUCAAAUCUUUCUACCUCGGAAUUGGGUCGUGGGAUCGGACUUCAAAAUGGUGCAUCCAUGCGCUCACCGUAUGCUGCCACGAGAUCCCGGAUUCUACCACGAAGCAUCUUCAGAACGUCGUGCAGAAGAUGUCGCAAAUUAUUACCCAGCCACACAUCGCCAUCCAUAUCCUCGAAUUCCUCACCCAUCUUGUGCGCCUAACCAAUCUCUACGUCAACUUCAGAGAGGAGGAGUACAAGAUGGUCUUUGGCGUAUGUUUCCGUUACCUACAGUAUGUGCGGGACCAACAAGAGAAGGCUCAGGCCCCAACCGCCACACGGAUAAGCAGCGGCUUGCGCAACAGUGGUACAUCGCGCGACCUUCGCGAAUCGAAAAACAUUCCCGAGCAACAGGUCUCGAAACCACAGCCAAAGUCGCCCGCCGACGAUCUCCCUCAAUACGUCCAUGCCUUGGCUUAUCACGUGAUUACCUUUUGGUUUAUGGCGAUCAAGCUCGACGACCGUGGCAAAUUUGUCCACUGGAUUAAGAACAGACUGGUGAUCGUGGACAGAACUGGCAGAGAAACAUAUGAGGAGCAGGCUCAAAUCACAAUCGACAUGUUGUAUAGUCGGGCAUAUACCGACAGCGAUGAAACGGCACCGGUCCGCGGCUUUCCUGGCCCGACCGAUGGCAAGGUUCAAACAACAACUUGGGUGGUUGGCGCUGAAAUGCUCAUGACGCUGCAAACCGCUGCACGCACAGGAGCCACCCAAAUCAUCAAACGACGCCCGUCGUACACAAGUUAUGGAGUGUAUACUCCGAACCUAAGCUCGCCACCUCGCCACCAAACCGCUCUCUUGACCGGCCUGGCCGCAGAGGCCUUCUACACAACCAACUAUGUUGGCGUGUUGCCUCAGGAUAUCUUUCAGGGCCUUUACGCUCCCGUGAGUCUGCUAAAAGUCGGUGCAGCUGAGGAUUAUGUGCAACUGCCGGAAGAUGAUGCAACUCGACGCGCGAUAGCCGGCAUCGACCGUUCAUCAACAGUUGACGGACAUAAGAUCGGUAUUAUCUUCAUUGGCGAAGGUCAACGUACGGAACAACAAGUUCUUCAGAACGUCAUGGGCUCAGGCGACUACACUCAAUUCCUCGAGGCUCUGGGUGAAGGCAAUUGGGUUCGUCUGAAGGGUUCCCAGAUGAAUACGCAAGGUCUCGAUCGCGAGUUCGAUACGGAUGGGACCCACACCAUUUGCUGGCGCGACAGAGCUGUUGAAGUCGUUUUCCAUGUCAUCACUCUGAUGCCCGUCAAUCUGGAGCAUGAUCCCUACUGCAUCAACAAGAAGAAACACAUCGGGAAUGAUUUCGUCAACAUUGUCUUCAACAAUUCCGGAUAUCCCUUCGAUUUCGACAUGUUCCCUUCGCAGUUCAACUACGUAUACAUUGUCAUCACCCCGGAAUCACGGACGACGUUCAUUGAUACUCGCCACAACAUUGAGCUCGAUCAGUUCUACAAAGUCCAGGUCCUCACGCAGCCUGGAUUCCCAGAGAUUUCCCCAGCUUCGGAGACCAAGCUCAUCAGUGGCAAGGGAUUGCCGGCGUAUGUGCGCAUGCUUGCCUUGAAUGCCAGCGUUUUCUGCCAGGUUUGGUCUACCCGGGAGGCCGGAGAAUAUGUCUCUUCGUGGCGUAACCGUCUUCGAGAGAUCAAAAAGCUCUGGGACAAGCACAGCACCACGGUUGCUACGCCGCCGUCGUCGGCAUCUGGGAACCCGGGAAUUAGCGGAUCCAUGUGGCACAGGCAAAGCAUCGCCACGUUUAACAGCGACGGCAACCGAAGCAGCAUCAUGAGUGGCUCGGUCGACAUGGAGCGUCAAGUCUCGGGAGGCUCUCGUUGAAGUCUCCUUCCACACGUCCUUUUCUUAGGUAGCUCUUUUGCUAACCCCCCUUACGAUACCCCCCGCUGCGGCGAAGAAGCGAAAAGUAAAAAACAACAAAAAAGGUCAUGAUGAUUUGCAUGGGAGGAAACCUGCCCGGAGUUUUGAGAGUUUAGAGAGGCGCAGGCCACCAAAAGUUGUUGCUUUGCAGAUAAAUAGCUGAGUACGAAGUAGCUCGUGUGCUCGUGCAAGUAUGUAGAGUACAUGGAAAUUUCAU